GCCAGCGUUUGGGCUACUGGCCUCCCUGGCCAGGCCUCUUCCUAGCCACGCGCCAUGGCGUCAGAGGGACCGCGGGAGACCGCGGGCGAGGGCAUCAAGUUGUCAGCAGAUGUCAAACCAUUUGUUCCUAAAUUUGCUGGGCUCAGUGUGGCAUGGUCAGAGUCUUCAGAAGUACGCGUUUUUCCCAGCUGUGCAGCCACGACAUUCUAUCCAUGUGUCCAGGAACUAGCAGUGCCUGAACAGAAACUCUAUGCUGAAGAUAUGGCUUUUGGAGCUUCAACUUUUCCACCUCAGUAUUUAUCUCCUGAGAUCGCUCUUCAUCCGUAUGCCUAUUCCCCUUACACCCUGGAGUCGUCACAAAAUGUUUGCCCAGUGCCUGGCUCCCAGUAUGAUUACAACCAACCCAGUUGUUUCGGAGGUUUUCAAACCAUGAAGCCACGAAACGAGCACAUGUGCCCUCCCCCGCAAGACACAAAAGCUCUGUUUAAGAAGAAAACCUGUGAUGAGCAGAAGUUUGACACUAAGAAGGCUGAUGGACCUAUAUCAUCUGAUUUAAAAUCAGUUAAAAGUUCACCUCGUAUGUCCAUUCAUGCUGAGAAUAGUUUGAAAUCAGAUGGUUAUUAUAAACGAACAGACAGGAAAUCCAGAAUCAUUGAAAAAAGUGGAUCUGCCUCCAAACCUGAGUUUGAAUUUACCAGGUUGGAUUUUCCUGAACUGCAGGGUCGAGAGAACAGUGAGAUACCAGAGAUACAAAAGCAGCUCAAGUGGGGGCCUUUACGCUCUGCCUCUACUGAUGUUUCUCUUCUAAGAGAAGUGGGGAAACCUGCUGCAGUGUUAGCAGAGGGUGAAAUAGUGGUGAAGAAUAAUAAUCGGACAGAAUCUGUAACUGAUAAUGCUGCUACCAGUCCCUCUUCAUGUAUGAGAGAAUUAUCUUGGACACCAAUGGGUUAUGUUGUUCGGCAGACAUUAUCUACAGAACUGUCACCAGCCCCUAAAAAUGUUACUUCCAUGAUAAACCUAAAGAUGGUUGCUUCAUCAGCAGAUCCUAAAAAUGGUAGUAUGUCAUCUUCUGAAGUUUUAUCUUCGGAGCCUUCGUACAAAGAGAAAUAUGUUGUCCAUCCUACUAAAAAGUCCAGAGCAUCACAAGGUGACCAUCCUGAGCAAAAUGAAGCCUCAAGGAAGAAUAAGAAAAAGAAAGAAAAGUCUAAAUCAAAAUAUGAAGUCCUGACAGUUCAAGAGCCACCAAGGAUUGAAGAUGCCGAGGAGUUUCCCAAUCUGGCAGUUGCAUCUGAAAGAAGAGACAGAGUAGAGUCACCGAAAUUUCAGUCUAAACAGCAGCCACAGAAUAAUUUUAAAAGUAGUGGAAAGAAGAGCCAAAUUCCAGUACAGUUGGAUUUGGGAGGAAUGCUAACCGCAUUGGAAAAGAAGCAGCACUCCCAGAAUGCAAAGCAGUCCUCCAAACCAGUGGUGUUCUCAGUUGGGGCGGUGCCCGUCCUCUCCAAAGACUCCAUGUCAGGGAAGAAUGGCCACCGCUUUGGCCAGGUGAAGACCCCGCACAACCCCUUAGACUCCAGCGCCCCCCUGAUGAAGAAGGGGAAGCAGAGGGAGGUCCCCAAGGCCAAGAAGCCAACCUCGUUGAAGAAGAUUAUUUUGAAAGAGCGGCAGGAGAGAAAGCAGCAGCGUCUCCAAGAAAAUGCUGUGAGCCCAGCUUUUGCUAGUGACGAUGUGCAAGAUGGAGAGAGCGGUGGUGACGACCAGGCCCUCGGGCAGCCUGACCCCUCAGGGGGAACGGAAGAGUUGGUGUCCUGUGGUUCUGUGGCAGAGAGCAAGUCAGAAGAAGACCGGCUGGGAGCUGAGCCCCAGAAGGAGGCGGAGGCCUGCCCCAAGAUUCACAGCCGGCGGUUCAGGGACUACUGCAGCCAGAUGCUCAGUAAAGAAGUUGACGCUUGUGUUACGGACCUGCUGAAAGAGCUGGUUCGUUUCCAAGAUCGCAUGUACCAGAAAGAUCCAGUUAAGGCUAAGACCAAACGCCGACUUGUGUUGGGGCUGAGGGAAGUUCUCAAACAUCUGAAGCUCAAAAAGUUGAAAUGCAUCAUCAUCUCCCCCAACUGUGAGAAGAUACAGUCGAAAGGUGGGCUGGACGACACCCUGCGCACCAUCAUUGACUAUGCCUGUGAGCAGAACAUCCCCUUCGUGUUUGCUCUCAACCGCAAAGCUCUGGGGCGCAGUCUGAACAAGGCUGUUCCUGUCAGCGUGGUGGGGAUCUUUAGCUACGACGGGGCCCAGGACCAGUUCCACAAGAUGGUCGAGCUGACGAUGGCGGCCCGGCAGGCGUACAGGACCAUGCUGGAGAAUGCGCACUGGGAGCUGCCGGGAGAGCCUGGGCCCCUCGCACCCACUAGCCCGCUCACGCAGGGCCCCCGCUGCUCUGCAGAGGACAGACCCCUGGCCCCUGCCGGAAAAGAGGAGCCACGCUACAUUGAAAUCUGGAGAAACCAUCUGGAAGCGUACACUCAAUGUGCCCCGGAACUGGAGGAAUCGCUGGAGGCUUCGACCUCUCAGAUGAUGAACUUGAAUUUAUAAGAAGAGUUCCUUCCUGUGUGUUUUUGGGGUAAGGGGGCAGGGGCUGAAAGACUUCGGGGUCUUAUUCUUCUUCUCAGUUCUUCGUUGACCUAAUGUGUGUUUUGUAUGACUGUUUAAUUGGGAAAUUAACCAGCGGUGUUUGUAGGCAUCCAAAAGCUGUGGGUCCCAUGGACGGGCACUUGGUAUGCUGGCGGAAACCUUUUCACAAAGCCUCGGGAUGCAGCCUUGGCGCUCUGAGUGCAAUAUGAGUCUGGAAAAUGCUGGAAAAGGUGGUACUUGGAGUACUCUGCUGCUAAGGGGGCGUCUCUCCAUUGCAGAGUAGCUGAGCCAAGUUAAUUUAUGGAAAGCAGUUGGGGGGCCGAGGUGAUGUGGCUGGGAGGCAGCGGGGUUCCAGCCUGAUGUUCCCAGUCCCAGUGACCCAGCACAGCCCUGCAGAAGCCGCUGGAUGGGUGCUGUGGGAGCCAGUAUUAGUGCAGGAGCGGUGGGGUGGGGAGGGGUGCCUUUCUCAGGUUGUGGCUUUUCGGCCAGAAGAUUUGGGAGUACUUGGAGGAUUUGCUAAAAUGAGCCUCAGGAGGAAAAUCGGUUCUCUAACCUGUGACCUUUUGACAUGAAUUAUUCCUUUUAUUCUUUAUUUCGCAAAGAAACAAAUGUAUAUUGAAGUUCCUAAAUUUCAGUUUUCAUAAUCUACAAAUAUUUUCUUUCUUUUGUAAGUGAACAUAUUUUGAAUGUGGUUUCUAUCUUAGAGGCCAGAAGGAUAGAAGUUUACUUUCAUAUUUUCCUGUAAGUAAGAGGGCUUAUUUAUUUUGAAUAAAGAAUGAUUAUUUAAUUUCA